UAUCUAAUCGUUACUGAAAAUAAUCUGCCAGUUCCUUUGGGAAUUGUCAAAAUAUAUUCAUGUGAAAGAGUUUAAUUGAAUGUUUUCUGUGGUAAUGGGUCUGUAAUAUAUCUAUGGUCCGUAUGUGUACGAACAGGAGAGCGGAGGGAGAAUAAAUAUAUAUACACGAGAUUGUAGAAUCGACUACACCGGUGUUUAUUUGAUCGUGUAAUUUUCACAAAUUGGCGACGAUUGUGGGACGAUAAUUUGUAGUGGGUGCAUAGGAUUUCUUCUGGAUUAACAAUCAUCAGCUGAAGGUUGGUGGAAAAAGCUCUCGAUUGACGCUACUGACGCGCAUAUGAAAAGCUCCGCACGGUGAGAGCGAGUGAAACUUCUUCUUGGAAGUGAAAGAGAUAGGCGCAUGUAAGCCUGGAUGAUCUGCGACUUGACAGCAGGGCUCGCGACGAGAAAGCGGUAAGAUCUGCGACUUGACAGCAGGGCUCGCGACGAGAAAGCGGUGAGAUUUGCGACUUGACAGCAACACGGAAAGCUUCGCGACUAGUGAGCGGUGAGCAACAAGAAAGUUUCCGCAACGAGUGAGCGGUGAGAUAUUCUGCUUGGAAAAAGCACACGUUGCCGUGACGAGAAAAGCGAACAAGGUUAUUGAUUGGAUGUAAACAAGUCUGUGAACGAUUGAAAAAUCGGUUUGAUUUAACGAAAAGAGGUAAAAUAUUGGGAUAGAUUAUUAGAAUCAAUUGUAAUUGAUGUUGUUUUAAGGAUGGAUAAGCUGAAGUGUUUCUCGACCCUACCACCGUUCUCGUACGCGGAUGUGCCGCUGGCCGAACGCCGCAGUAAGUGGCAUGUCUGGAAAAGAGGGUUUGAAAUUUGUCUCCGUGCUUCCAAGGUGACGGAUGCCAUUGAAAAGAAAGAUCUACUGCUUGCUCAAGGAUCCGGGCAGGCUACAACAGAGCCUUCGAUUCCGGAUAAUGUCGAGCAGUCUGAUGAUUUACCGAUUGAUGGACCGCAGAAGCCAGAGGAGACAGCUAACGCUGAAGCAGCUGCUGUCAUGCAGCAGUCAGGAUCCGAAGACGAUUCUGCCAAUCGUGGUAGAUCUCAACGCACUAUCAGGUUGCCGAGGCGUUACAAUGAAUGUUUUAUGAAAUAUUAAUUGUUAUAAAAAAAGGGAGAUGUGGUAAUGGGUCUGUAAUAUAUCUAUGGUCCGUAUGUGUACGAACAGGAGAGCGGAGGGAGAAUAAAUAUAUAUACACGAGAUUGUAGAAUCGACUACACCGGUGUUUAUUUGAUCGUGUAAUUUUCACAUUUUCU